AUGAAUUGGCCGAUUCCGCCAAAGAUUUUGAUCCCUCUCUUUCGGCUAUCCAUCUUUUUUCGGCUGAAAAUCAGGAACUCAGCCCCCACUUCUUUUCCCUUUUUUCCAGCCGACACCAGGGCCCGCCCCAGGGAGGAACCCCUAUUUCUUGUCAUCUCCAGCUACACACCAGGGGGGAUUUUUUUUGGAGGGGAUUGGCUUCUUCCUCACAGCAGUGGGCAGAGACCCACGGUCUCCGGUCCCUUUUCCUUCCCACUGAUUUCAGCCAUCUUCAGCUCCUUCUCCCCUGCACCCACAACGCUGAUCUUCCCCUAUUUCCUAUCAUUUUCAGCUGACAGCACCCACCUUUGGUUUUUUUAUCUUCUCCUCACAGCUCCUUCCCCACAAACCGGCUCCAGCCCCCUCCAGAAUUAUUUUUCUCUUCUCCCUCAACCAGGACAGCCGGCUGGUUCCACCAUUUCCUGCCCCUCUUCACAGCUUCCUCAGCCCUUGCACACCCACACUCCCCUCUCUUUCAGACCAAACAAGCCCCACCACAUCGUCAGUUUCCCAGCCGACCAAGCCUUCCCUCAACAAAGGAGAAGCAGACCAUACCACAUCGCCUCAGCCCUUGCCCAACCGCCGUUCACUAUCCUCCCUCUCAGCUGCUCCCCACGAGUUCGCCUCUCUCCCAGUCGACUCCUUUCUCAGCCCUCAACAGCGACGGCCACCGACCACCAGGAGUCGCCCCUGUCACCAUCGCCAUUCCUUCCAGCCCGCACGCGAAGAAGCUUCGUUCAUCGGCGCAGAUCGGCCUCCAACAACAGUCUUUCUUCCACAGCCGUUGGGCACCAGAGCUGCCUUCCCUCUUCUCCCAAAGAACCGAACAGCUCCCCUCAUCUCCUCUACAGCAGACCCGUCCACGACAGAAAAGAGAAAGGAAACAAAGAACUGAUCUGCAGAGAAGCAGAUCUGUAACGGAAAGAAAAAUUAAAAUCAAUUGCUGUUUGUGUGUGUUUCUCCGUUCUGCAGAUAGCGGUGGUUGUCACCGCCGGCAAGGAAGAGAAGAGGGGAGAAAGCCAUUUCUGGCCCCCUUGUUUCUGGUUUGAUUUCACGGCGGCGCGUGGGUCAACGCGCCGCCAGCGGCGGUGGUGCGUGAGAUCCACGCGCCGCCACUGUCCUUGCUGUUCCAGAGGUCUUCACAGCACUAUUCCAGCGACUCAGAGGUUACCAGCACUGUCCCGGAUUGUUUUGGGUCAUUUUUUGUAAUUUUAGAAUUGUUUAAUGUUAUAUUUGUGUAAUUUUGAUUUUUUCUUUUCAUAAUUUGUAUUUUGUAUUUUAUGUAAAUGUGGAUGUAGAAGAAAAGAAAAGAAAGAAAAGAAAAGAAAAAGAAAUGUUUGUGUG